ACGGACAGGCGUUUCCUCCGCAGGACAGCCCAGGGUCAGCAGCACAAGUCUCCAGCUGUCUCUCUCAACCACAGGUGCUCUAAGGUGGGAGGUCUGGACUGGACUAGGCCGGGGGGUUGGCGGUUGUUUUGGCUUGUUUAGCCAUGUGUUUAUGUUGUUAUGAUGUCCCAGGCUUUGUGUUGAUCCUCUGUUUUGUGGUUUAUAUUGUAUUGUUUAUAUUCUGUUGUUGUUGUCCUGUCUCUAGGUGUUGCGUCCGUUGGUAGAGCAGCUGCAGCAGGUCUCUGCAUCAUCAGACCCCUCUGUCACCCUGUCCCUGAUCAAGUUUAUACACUGGAGCCUGAGAGAAAUAGACAACAGCACACAGGUAAUACACUAUACUACACAAUUCAACACAACACAACACCACAAAGAAAAUAAGACCACAUUCUCCUCCCAGCUGUGAGAAAGCCUUUGAUUUAACGUCCAGUUGAGUUUCAACAUUAUUUUAUUAAAUCCUGUGUGUUGGACUGUGUCCUGUGCUGGCCUGGCCAGUAUGUGGUUUAUUAGUGUUGGGUACAUUAGAACAGUCUGUGUGUGUGGCUGGGGAACAGACAUCUCACUGACAGAGGCUCAGACCCCGCUGGAUAGAAUGGGACACAGUAUCUCUAUCUGGUUCUCAAUGAAAACAUGCCCAGCCCAGUGAGUCAACAGCCAGCAUAGAUGCCAUCCCGGAUCCAACACAACGCAGAACUGAAACGUGUGUGUCUGUGUGUGUUUGUCAGGCAGUGUCAGGGCAGCUAUUUGAUAUGCUUGAUGUUUAAACUGGAAUCACAUGCUGUAGUAUUACUGCAACAUGUUGAGUUUGAACCAGAAACAGGCCAGAAACAUAAUCUCUGUAGAUUUAAUCACAACGCUGGUCUCCCACUGACUGUGUGUGUGUGGGCACAUUUGUGUGUGUGACUGUGUGUGCUUCUAUGUGUGUAGACCGUGGCUCUGUCGUCCACUCUGCGGCAUCUGGUGAAGAGGUAUCCAGGGCUCCGACCCAGCAGCAGGACCCCAGCGGCCCCCUGA